CCUUAUACUAUCCUAGAAAAUAUGGGCCACGUUCAUUUGAAGAUAGACCUUUUCAAUUUGAAAUAAGAUCCUAUUAACUGAUCAUAUAAAUGCCCAAAAUCUCUUGAAGAUUGCCAUUGUGCAAUCACCAUCAGCAACCAUGAAAAGAUUUUGUAUUUUCUUUCUUCUCCUUCUACCUCUUUUAGCCUCAUGCACAAAGAAAAAGAGCUACAUAGUAUACUUUGGAGAGCAUAGUGGAGAGAAAACACAUGCUGAAAUAGAAGAAACUCAUCUCUCAUAUUUGAACUCAGUGAAAGAAACUGAGGAAGAAGCUAUAGAUUCUCUUAUUUACAGCUACAAGCACAGCAUCAAUGGUUUCGCUGCAUUGCUAACCCCAGAAGAAGCCUCCAAACUGUCUGAGUUGGAAGAAGUGGUUACUGUGUAUGAAACCAAGCCAGGAAAGUACUCAACGCAAACUACAAGGUCAUGGGAAUUUGUAGGCUUGGAAGAGGGAGACGGACACUCCUCGAAAAAUCGCUCCGUUGGGGAAAGAGAAUUACCAUUGAAGGCUGGAUUUGGCAAAAAUGUGAUUGUGGGGGUCAUGGAUAGUGGUGUGUGGCCAGAAUCCAAGAGUUUCAGUGAUGAAGGCAUGGGACCCAUUCCAAAAUCAUGGAAGGGAAUCUGCCAAAGUGGGGUUGAUUUUAACUCAUCCCACUGUAACAAGAAAAUUAUCGGAGCUAGAUACUACAUUGAGGGUUACUUAAACUACUACAAAAAACUCAAUGCCACCGAGGACAUCAUGUCACCGCGUGACUUGGACGGCCACGGAACUCACACGGCGUCCACAGUUGCCGGAAGGCAGGUGCAUGACGUCGCUGCCUACGGUGGUUUCGCCAGCGGAACAGCCUCGGGCGGGGCACCAUCAGCACACCUGGCCAUAUACAAGGCCUGUUGGGCGAUUCCUAAUCAAGAAAAAGCAGAAGGCAACACAUGUUUCGAAGAAGAUAUGCUUGCAGCCAUAGACGACGCCGUGAAGGAUGGAGUCCAUGUAUUAAGCAUGUCCAUUGGUACCACCGAGCCAAUACCGUACGCGGAAGAUGGCAUUGCCAUUGGUGCUUUACAUGCUGUCAAAAACAACAUUGUAGUUUCUUGUUCUGCUGGUAACUUAGGUCCUGCUCCGGGUACCUUGUCCAACCCUGCUCCUUGGAUUAUUACUGUUGGUGCUAGUAGCCUGGAUCGUGCGUUUUUGGGGCCUAUUGUGCUUGGAAAUGGCAAGAAGAUUGUCGGGCAAACUGCUACUCUAUACAAGCUAGACAAAAUGCACCCAUUAGUGUAUGCAGCAGAUGUGGCGGCUCCAGGAGUUCCCAAGAAUGAAUCAAACCAAUGCCUCCCUAAUUCUCUUUCUCCUGAGAAGGUAAAGGGGAAGAUAGUGUUGUGCAUGAGAGGGCUUGGAAUGAGAGUUGGAAAAGGCAUGGAGGUGAAAAGGGCUGGUGGUGCUGGUUUUGUCUUAGGAAAUAGUCCACAAAAUGGCAAUGACAUAUCAGUGGAUGCUCAUGUUCUUCCAGCAACUGCUGUGGAUGCUAACGAUGCAAUUGAAAUUAUUAACUACAUUAAGUCUGCCAAUAAGCCAACGGCUAUCAUUGCAAAGGCAAAGACUGUGUUAAAUUAUUCACCCGCACCUUCCAUGGCUGCAUUCACUAGUAGGGGUCCAAAUGUCCUUGAUCUUAAUAUUCUCAAGCCUGACAUCACAGCGCCAGGGUUAAAUAUCUUGGCAGCAUGGAGUCGAGGAUCUUCGCCUACAAAAUUGUGGGCUGAUCAUAGAAUCGCGGAUUAUGUCAUUGAGUCAGGAACUUCUAUGGCUUGUCCCCAUGUUUCUGCUGUAGCUGCACUUCUUAGAGCCAUAUAUCCUAAAUGGAGCAGUGCAGCCAUAAGAUCUGCCAUAAUGACCACAGCCUGGAUGAAAAAUAACAAGGGUCAGUCUAUAAUCGAUCCAUCAGGUAAAAUUGCAGAUCCUUUCCAAUUCGGUUCUGGUCACUUCCGACCAGCCAAGGCAGCAGACCCUGGUCUAGUGUAUGAUGCAUCCUAUGACGACUACAUUGCCUACCUUUGCAACUAUGGAUAUUCAAAAGUGGGCGAUUAUCAUUGCCCAAAAAAAGCAACAUUGGAGCCAACAUACAAUUUGAACUAUCCAUCGGUUUCAAUUCCUAAACUGAAUGGCACUGUAAUAGUUAAGAGGAAUGUGACGAAUGUUGGUGCUGCCAAAAGUGUCUACUUCUUCACUGCCAAACCACCUAAGGGAAUUUCCAUUAAAGCCUCGCCAAGUAUUUUGUACUUCGAUAAAGUUGGGCAAAAGAUAAGCUUCACUUUAACAGUUAGAGCAAGAGAUGCUCAUACUGCAAAGAAGUAUUAUAAGGAUGACUUUGCCUUUGGCUGGUACACUUGGACUGAUAGUUAUCAUUAUGUGAGAAGCCCCGUUGCAGUGUCUCUAGCAUAGGCUUUUCUUCUUUAUUUAUUCAUUCUGUUUCAGGAUUUUUAGAGUACGAGCAUGAAGAACAUUCAAGAUUUUUCAUCAUUGAAUAUUUUAUAAUUUGGUUGGCUAGAACUUGAAUAAUAAUUUUAGUUUCUUGAUA